AUGACAAGAUCAAGCGUGAACUCCGACCUCAUGCGUCGACCCCGAAACAUGGGGGUACUCUCCACGCUGUUACUGCCCUGCAUCCAGGUGCGCAAGCUGCGCCGCUCGCGCCGCCAACGUGAUCACCACACCUCGUGGUCCUGCGCGGGAAUCGCCGAGUUCGAGGAGCAGCAGCAGCAGCAGCAACAACAAGGAACCACCGAGAAAGACCUUCAUACCCACGAUACCGAGGGGUACACGGAGCUGGCGAGCUUCCCCGAGAAACCACAGCCCGCCGCGACAACGACCACAACACCGUUGACGCACACGAAGUCCAUCCGCCUGGUCAGCUGUGCGGACUCGGAAUGCUCGACGCUGGGGCCGGACGAGGGCCCGAUUCUGGAGAAAGAUGACGAGGCCGGAGACCAGGAGAGAGAGGACUUCCUGGCGGGCAAGGAGAGCGCUCCCGAGAGUGGGAACGCGACGCUGUUGUCGCUGUUGUCGGAUGAGGAGACGGAUGUGGAACAGUCGGGUGGUGGUAGUCCGCCGCUGGUGCAGAAGGUCAUUGCCAUGGAGGUGGUCUCGUCCUCGCGGCCGCCGUCGCGCGCUGGUGCUGGCGCAGGCACCCCCAAAAGCAAAGAUGAUCUCGAUCUGGAGCUGGCGAGUCGGCAGGUCCCCAAGAUUCAGGAAGACCGACGGCCCCGGCCGGCGAGUAUGCAGGUUCACUCGACCGGGGGCGCAUUGAAGCUUCCGGAGAUCAAGAGCCGGGUGAUCGACGAUAUUCCGGAGGAUGUUGAGGAGGAGGUCGUUGGCGUCAGGGUCCGGCCGUUGAGACAGGCGGCGAGGAAGAGUGCUCUUCUGAAACCGACGGUGGUCGAGGGAGAGGACGACGACGACGACGACGACGACGACGACGAGAACGAUGACAAGAAACGGUCCUCAACCUGGCGCCUCAGUCAACGCAAGUCCAUGAUCGAGCUGUUCAGUCUGCUUCAAUCCACCGCAGCCGCCGUCGCCGCGGCCCCAAAGUUCUCGAACCUCAAACUGCCUCUCACGCAGAGGUCGCCCUUCCGCUUCUCCACCAACGCCGUCGUCGAUGCAUCGCCCUCCUCGGUAUACUCCACAGCCGCCACUACCACAACGUCACCAUCUCGACCAGCGACCGCAGCGACAGCAGCAGCAGCAGCAGCAGCAGCAGCAGCAGCAGCACCCAGCACCCCACCCAAGAAAGCCAAACUCCCCUCCCCACCACCGCCCACACCUCCCCCGAAAUCCCCCAAACAACUCCUCCAACAACGGCCCCUCCCGCAAACCCCGCAACGCAAGCCCCGACACAGCAGCUUCCAAGAGCAAAUCUCACCUCCCACGGCCACCUACCGCACCAGUCCAAGCCCAAGUCCCACCAAGAAACAACGCCGAAUGGGCACCGUCCUGUUCCCACUGACCUCCUCCUUCCGUCCCACCAGCGGUGGGAACAACAACCCAGGCGUGACGACGACGACGACGACAACGACAACCAUCCCCGAGUCCCCAUCCCGUCGUCAGUCCCGUCACCCUCACCAAAAACAAAAUCAGAAUGCACAGACUCUUUUUUGCUAGCCACGGAGUUCGGGGUACCGGUACAGGGGUUCGGGUUAUGUUUUGUUGGUGUCUAUGGUCUCUCUCGGGGGGGUUGGUAGCUUCUUUUUUGAGGGCGUUGUUCUUCUGCUUCUGAGGCACCAAUCCUCUUGGGGAGGCUUUGGGCUUUGGAUAUGAAUGUAAACUACAUAAUCCCCCCGGCGUCACUUUUGAUCUUUUGGGGGUUUCUCUUCUCGGGUGUAUUUAUUUGGUCCGGGAUGUUGGAUCAUCGGUUCUUGUGGGGGCGUUUACUUUCUUUCUUUCUUUCUUUCUUUCUUUCUUUCUCUCUUUGUGUGUGUGUUGAUUACGGGGUUAAUUGGUAUCUGUUGAUAAGGUUGUGGGGGUUUUCCUCCGAGGGUCUAGCUAGAUCUGUAUGAGGUACUGAGAUCUUCGGGAUGGGAUUCUAACGCAUCCACUACCGAGUGAUCACCUAGCUUACUUACUUUUGGGUCUGAAAAUGCAC